AUGACCACCUUAUGGCGUAAACUACAGGUACCAAGCAAGCUCGAUUUGUAUAAAUUUGAGAAGGUUUACAGAACAGGUACCACAGUUCCUACAAUUGAACAAAGUAAAUUAUCGCUCUCUGAAAGAAUUAGGGAAUCUGUUCAGAAAGUAUCAUUCCUGGAGGUUUGUCCAUUCUACCAAGUACAUUGUUUUUACACGUGA